ACGAGCCCGCGGGUAAUUUCCGCGUUUACGAUCCCGUAGACGUGCGGAUGGAAAUCACGUCGUGCCGCGACGACGGUCGUGAGGAACAAUCGAGACCGCGACAGUGAGACAACCAUGGAGUCAAAUGAUGGAAUGCAAAAUAGCUCGCGUACUCGGAAUCCCUUCGGCGUUUUCUUCUCUCGCCUGCACUCUCUGGCGGUUUCGAAAAUCGCGAAGAAAGCGAAGAUUGCUUUGCUUUACGAGCAGUCGAUCUUCCUGUCGAGUGGAAAGCGACAGAUAAGAUAAACCUAACGAAUAACAUUUACACACUUGUAAAGUAAAUACAUAAAUUACAGUGUGAUUAAACGUGAGUAUCGGUAAUCGUACAAUUUCUUCUUAUGGCUCGAUAAAGUGAGAUACCACAUUUGUGAGUAACGUGAAUCAGGGGGAUUUUUUGCUGUUAUGUAAACAUGUGUUUUCGUACGCAAUAAGUGCACAUUUCUGUCAUAUCAAAAAGAUUGUAUCUUCUAUUUUUUUUCCACUUCAAUGAUGUUACGGCUAUUAUUAUUGUGCCAUCACGAAAUUAUUGCUCAAGUUAUUAAGCAAACAUAAACAAUAUUAGUUGUAUUAUUUGAUUAAUGCAUGUACUAAAUGCAUUGUAAUAAAUUAUAUAUGUCCUAACAAGUAUAUUAACAUCCAUUGUAUUUCUAUGCUGCGGUAUGGGGACGGUAUACAUACGUGCUUGUGCGCGCGCGCGCGCGCGUUUACGUGCGAAUAUAUUUGAAAGAGACCCCAAGAAGAGGAGGGUAAAACCGGUUGAUUCGGCGCAUCAUCAUUCUCUGCUUGACUUUGAUCUCGGUGAGAGCUCGGAUGACAGCGAUUUUAGGAUCGAGGAUCAUUGCGAGGAGUCGGACGAUGAUUCUGUAGAUUCUCACGAUGCGAAAGAAGAGGCAGAUGCAUCUGAAGAAUCCGACGAUUCAUUGGGAGAUCCAUUAUUGAGAAGGAAAGAUGGUACCAGCUUGACUGUAGGAGAUCUGAUCGAACAAGCUCGCCAACAGGCUUUGAAGGGUGCUCCUCUUGAUGACAAACUAAAUAAAGUGCUAAUCUGCUGUGGUUGCUUAGGAGACAGGAGUGACGAUAUAAAUGAGAUUGUCGAAUGCGAUGGCUGUGGAGUCAGCGUUCACGAAGGAUGUUACGGUGUAUCUGACGUGGAAAGUUUCUCCAGUACCGACUCCUUGUGCCAGUCUGCGCCAUGGUUCUGCGAAGCUUGUAGCGCAGGAAUCGAAGACCCAUCGUGCGAGCUCUGUCCUAACAAGGGUGGAAUUUUUAAAGAGACAGACGUUGGAAAAUGGGUCCAUUUAGUGUGUGCUCUUUAUGUGCCCGGUGUUGCUUUCGGCGAAGUCGAUCGUUUAUCGAGCGUAACACUAUUCGAAAUGGCAUACAGUAAAUGGGGUGCGAAGACAUGCUCUUUGUGCGAGGACUCGUGUUACGCGCGCACAGGCGUGUGCAUCGAAUGCGAUGCCGGGAUGUGUCAUACAUAUUUUCACGUAACCUGUGCGCAAAGAGAGGGUUUACUGUCCGAGGCACACAGCGAGGAAGUCGAUCAAGCCGAUCCAUUCUAUGCACAUUGCAAAUUGCACUCCGACAAAUCCCUCGUUCGCAGACGUAGGCGUAAUUGGCUAGCUUUACAAAUGCGCGCGCAGUACCGGCAACAGAUGUUGAAGCAGCCUAAUCACUUGGACACGGACGACCAACGUAGGAUUCAACGAAAGUUGGCCAAGCACAGGCACAAGUAUUUAGCUCACAAAGCGUCGCGUCCGCCGCCAUGGGUGCCUACGCAAAAGAUGCCACGUUUACUAACUACAUCUGCCUCCGCUUGCCGUCAACUGGCACGUAAGGCCGAAUUAAUGGGCGUAGACACGGCCGCGCUGGAGGCGCAGGAGUCCCAGCUGGUGGCAUUGGUCGACGUUAGAAAGAAAUGGCAUAUCGCUCCCGCUUUCAGCGUAGAAUUUAUUGGUUAUUACUUGGACCGCAACUUACGCGUGACGUCAAUGAAGAGACGAUUGCAAGAACUUCUCGACGUCAAUUCGCAGCUGUUGAACGAGCAACAGAGACUCGACAGAAAGUACGACGAAGUGAUGAAGGAUAACGAGGAGCAGAUCAGGGUGAACGUGACGUUGAAGGAGAAGAUCGAGUUGUAUCAUCAAGUACUUAAAAGCGCCGGUUUCGCGAAGCCUCUGCCAUCGAUCGUCGAUCUGGUGAAGCCAAGAAUAGCACCCACUCUCGGCACCGGAUUAGGCGUGCCUACGGCGGCCGCCUUGAAGAUGGGCGUUGGAUUUCCGCUCCCCAUGGGUAUACGCGAGGGUAGAGUGUUGAGCAGCCAGGCGCAGGAACAGAAUCACAAGACCGAGCUGACGACGUUGCGGCACCAAUGCGGCAUCUGCAGACGGUCCACUAACCAACAUCUUCUGGCUAAAUGCGACACAUGUCAUUUGCACUAUCAUCUAUCCUGUCUGAGUCCACCUUUGGCGCGGAUGCCCAAGAAAACAAGACAAAUGGGAUGGCAGUGUUCCGAGUGUGACAAGGAAUCCUCGGGAUCGGAAGUGGAACGCGUGGAUACAUCGGCACCGCGCAAGUUGAGGCAUUGUAAGGAUGAGGCUAAUUCGACACCUACACCGCCGCAGGAAGCGCAAGCAGCCAUGACACCAAACACGCCUACUACGUCGAAAAAUUCUGCGAGUAACGUAACAAACGUUACGACUCCUGACACGCAUACAACGCCAAAGCUAACUAUUAAACCAAUGGGACCGCAACCGCCAACCGUAGAACCUACACAACCAUCCGAGUCGAUGUACAAUCAACAAUCGGUUAAUAAUAUCACCGUAAGAGAAGGUUCACCGGAAUACAUGGUAGCGUCAGCGGAUGGAACGGAAGUGGUCUCUCAAAGAAGUGGGAAAAAAAGAAGAAGGGAAAAGCAUAAGAGAUACUCCCCGGAUCCGAUAACUGGAAUCAAACAGAGAAAAAGAAAGCAUAAAAGGAAAAGUUUAGAUAUAGAGAAUCCAGAAGUUCAAAGCCAAGUUCCGGAGGUCCAUAGAAGGAUUACAAUAAAAAUAAAACCAAUUCGUCGGCCGGAAGGACACACGGACUCGGAAUCGAGCCCGCAAAUGUUCGUGGCCACUUCGAGCACUGAAAUUACAUUGCCGCCACCGCCUGCGCCACCCCCGGCUGUAAACGUACCUCCAGUGAAUGUAUCCGUGAACAGCAGUGGUCGACUGUCGACGGGAACGAAGAGAGGGAAAGAUACGGACCUUAUGACGCAGUGUAACGUCUGUGAUACUCCCGGCACCAAUCAAAAUCUCGUUAUGUGUGACGAAUGUAAGAAAUGCUAUCACUUUACGUGCUUAGAUCCUCCUGUGAAAAAGUCUCCGAAAAGGAGAGGCUAUUCGUGGCACUGUGCCGACUGCGACCCUAGUGCCUCUGAAACUGAGACUUAAUAUCAACAAUUUUCUAUCUGCAGCUCCAAUUCUACGUUUAUAUAAAUAAGGCACUCAGUGUUAUUCAGUUUUUUUUUUUUGUAAGAUACGAGAAUACAGAAGAGAGAAAAUUUGCUGUAAUUUAGAAAGAAAAAUUUUAUGAAUUCUAUGAAAAUUUAUUAUAAUUCCACUUAAAACUGAUUUAUUUGACUCUUAGCAUAGUUCGCGCUACUUAUUUCUCGUUAUUUCUUUUACUUUUUCGUACUGCUUUGUAGUUUUAUAUAGCAAUUCUACGAAAAAGAUAUUAAAUAAAUUAUUAUAGCAAGAAAUAAAAGAAUAUACAAAAGAAUAUUUUCGCACGAGAUCAUUGUAUGAUACUAUUUCAAAGGCAAAAUUAUCAAAAAUUAAUGAAAGGAAUUUCAUCAUAUCCAACAUUUAAAGAAACAUUAACAUACGAUAAAUUUAUAUUCUUUUUAUUUUAACGACAGUCAUUGCGUCAAUAUUACAUUUUGUACAUUCUAAGUUACAAUUUUACUAUUGUAGUAAAUAAAAAUUUAAUGUUCAUUAUCUAAAUGAAAUUGUCAUAGGUUUACAAAAGAACAGCGUUGGAGUCAGAAGCAGCGCUGUAGAUUAUGUAAUAUUACUCUGAAAUAA